AUGCGCACCUCCCUGAUCCGCGCAGCUGUACCCCUCCGCGCCUCAUAUCUCCGAUCCCCACCUACCACCUCAUUCAAUCAACCACACGCCCAACAAUCGCUUCAAUCACAACCACAGCUCUCUCAAUAUUUCUUUCCAAAGAAAACAUUCUCCACCAAUCACCAUCUUCACGUCCAAAACUCCAGCCCCUCCAAACCACCACUACCACCAAAUCCCUCAUUCGGCGCCGCCAGUUUCAAAGAACUGGGAGCUACUCGAACCGUCGAAGUCGUCGUGUACAUUGCUAUCGGCAUCAUGGGGACUGUAGAGACUUUCACUUGGUCGAAGUUCUUGUGGGCGAAGUUUGGUCCGAAGGAUGUCGAGAUUGAGGCAAGGCCAGAGAAGUAA